AUGCGAUCUUCCAGCAAACACAACGACGAGGUGCUCGACGCCGAGCGCCUCCGGCAGAUCGCGCGGCGCAAGGAGCAGAACCGCAACGCUCAACGUCGGCUCAGGGAGCGCAAAGAGGAAUACACGAUGCAGCUCGAGGCGCAGCUCACCGACUUGCAUCGUCGUGCGCAAAGUCAAGAGGAAGAGUCUCAAUUCCUCCGAGAGGCGCUUGCCCGCAUGCGUGCCGACAACAUGAAGUUGGUCGAGCAGAUCUCUUUAAUCCACCGAGCCGUCCCAUCCACCCAGACCACACAUCCUUUACCUCAGCGUGCAUCGGUCGAUCUCGGAGUCGACCUCUUCGCUCCCAAUGCACCGUUGGAUCGCGGCCGAAACCGAUCCCAAAGUGUCACGGCCACGGCCAUGCAGAACUUGGGCUUAGGUCCCGCACCGGCACCGUGGUCGCUGACUUCUUCGCAGCACCCUCUGCACGCCACGCAUCCGGUCUUUGCCUCGACCAUCGCGCCUGGCUCCACGCAUCGCAUCCCGCUCGCAAGCAACACGUCGAUGGCGGGAGCGCCGCCAUUUGCUAGUGGACUCGCCUUGCCGUCGAUGGCCGACUUGGCGGACGAUUCCAUGCCUCGAUCCGAAGAUGCUAGUCGCCGGAGCUCGUUUUCGCCCCUUUCGCAUCGCCGGAGCAGCACGCUGCUCAGUCCCUUUGACGUCCGCGGAAACCUCUCGCGCCACGGCAGCGAUCUCACCGAGCUCACCGUACCCUCCGAACAUUCCGAUUCCGAGAAUGGAGGCUCGUCGAGAAAGAUCCAGCGAGCCAUUCACGCCUCAAAUGUAGUCAGAGCGCCAACGGCACGGUCUCCUUCUGCGCUUGCUUCCGCUGCCAUCGCAUCGUCGGAAGGGACUGCUGGAGCAGCAACCGGCUGCGACAAAUUGGACGGUGGCACUUCCAGUGCAGCGCCCGGCUCGGACGUGGUGAUGGCGAGCUGCCUCGACAGCAUCCACUCGAUGCCAUUCGGCACGCUCGAGGAAUCCAAGCCUUCGGCAGCAGAACCAACGCCAUCCAAGAUGCAGUACGACGGUGGUGGGUCCUGGAUGUCGACGGCCUCCGAAGCGCCUGGCCAGCUGGCGCUUUCCGAUCUUCGCCACACCGACAUGUCUGGCUUGUCCAAGCCCAUGGGCAUCACCCCAAGCGCGCUCGGUUUGUCCAAUGUCAGCGCGAUGGGCGGCAGCGGUGCUUCGAGCGAUGGAUGGACGAUCUCGCCGUGGAUCAACAUGAGCCAGACGCCGUCGGCGGCGGGCGCUGGUGUCGACCCAGAGUCGGGCGCUGCUCGGCUGCAUGGCGAUGGCCAGCGCCUCGGUGCGGGCAUGGCGUUUGGUGACAAACAGUCGCUCGCUGCUCGCCGCGGGUUCUCUGGCAGCCUGAAGCUGGAGACGCCCACACUGUAA